UUGGAUUCUUGUUGUCAGAUGAGCCUCACCAACUCCGGGGACAAGACAUGAUGCUCCUCCAGAUGAUCUAAGUGUUUGAGCUGACAGAUGAGAUGUUAGGCUGCCCUUAGGUAUUUUGGACUUGUAAAUUACCCUAACACAAAGACAACGAACUUGGCUCGGUAGUAGAUGCGCAGCCAGUGCAGACCUUUUAACAAUUCUGUCAUCCUUUUGCACCAACUGGAGCUUUCAGAUGAGGCCGAAGGGCAGCCCCACAUAGAUCACAUUGUUGUAAUCCAGCCUCAAGGUUACCAACAUGUGGUCAGACUUUCCCUGUCCAGGAGCAGCCAUAGCUGGCCAAUCAGGCAGAGCUGUCAAAAGGAAAUCCUAGAUGCAAAGGACACCUGGGCGAACCCUCCAGAGCUGCCUUGCGUAUCUCCUGGUCAUGGGAACCACCCUCCCAAAGGGCAUUUGUCUUCAUCUGGAAGUGUCCUGGGAGGGAUUUUAAUUCAGCUUUAAGAACAGCAUAACCCUUUCUACUGCCAUGAUGUGAGCUUACAGUUUCCAGGUAUGGAUAGGUGACUAACACAACUCGAGUGCUGACAUCUAGUGUGAACACAAUGAAGGAAACAAAGUACUGCAAAGUAGCCUGGGCUAGUUCUUAUGGAAUCAAUGGCUUGUGAGAACUGUAUAAAGGCGUCUGCACCAACCACUUCAGCUAUGAAAGCCAGAGUGGAGUGGUGGUGCAGUCUGUAACUCACCACCCACCUGGAAUGUGUGGAUAAAAAGCACAGGGGGGGCAACACAGUUGGACAGCAAGCAUUCACACGUUACACCCCCUCCGCAUUAGGAGUCUGUGGUCACACCCACACUAGACAUCUAAAGCAGACUUAAACCAUGUUGCCAGUCCUGGCUUCCCCCAAAGAGUACCAGGAACCCUAGUUUUUUAAGGGUGCCGAGAGUGGUUAGGAGAGCCCACACUGAGAAAUAAUUUCGAGAGCCCUUAAGCAACUCCACGUCCCAGGAUUCUUUGCGGAAAGGGCUUGGUGGUGACAAAGAAUGAGGACAUAAUGCCUGCUGGUCAUUCUCAGUGUCAGCACUUGGAAUUCUUGGGGAGAUGCUGGCAUCAGAGCAGCUUACAGUGGUACCUCGGGUUAAGUACUUAAUUCGUUCCGGAGGUCCGUACUUAACCUGAAACUGUUCUUAACCUGAAGCACCACUUUAGCUAAUGGGGCCUCCCACUGCUGCUACGCCGCCGGAGCACGAUUUCUGUUCUCAGCCUGAAGCAAAGUUCUUAACCUGAAACACUAUUUCUGGGUUAGCAGAGUAUGUAAGCUGAAGCGUAUGUAAGCUGAAGCGUAUGUAACCUGAGGUACCACUGUACUUCCAGACAUGUUCAUGUGGCCAUCCAGAGAUUAAAUAACAAUCUUUUCCAGCCAAGUCAAGACUGUUCUUUUUCUCUGGCUGAAUUAAAAAUGGAAUAAAUGGUUCCAAAUCUAUCCCCCCGCCAUGAGGUAUGCGUGUAUAACAUAUUGCAUGAACUUCAUGUUUGCAUUGACAUUGAGAGUCUGUGGACCAACCUUCACCAAUCUGAGCUGGCAGGGGCUGGUGGGAGUUUAGUUCAAUACAUCUGCAGGGCACCAAGUUGGUGAACACUGCUGUCGACCGUAAGCACUCUUAUGAUCUGUUCUCAGGCCUUGCUAUAUGCAGUUGAAAGGAAAGAAAAAACCGGAAGAAGGCCAUAAACUUUGCAUGACCAAAGAUCAGGUUUGUAUCAACACCAUAUCACGGAACUGAAACAUUUGAGAGUUCCAAUGUGUCCCUAUUUGAUGUGGAAGAAUAUUUUAAUGAGAACAGGAAAUUACAUUGGAAUCAUUAGAGUAGAUCCAGAGUGUCCCUAGAGAUCGGUAAUUCAUUUUUUCAUGCCCAAUUGAUGGGCUCCAUUUCCUUGAAGAACAUGAUAUAGCAUCCCUUCCCCUGGCACGGGACAUUCUUAUCGAAGAGUCACCAUGCAGUGUGGUCCAAUCAUCCUCCUGUCUCUCAUUGUGGGCCUUUUCGCACCCUGGCCUGAGCUGCUGGGCAUCUCUGCGUUGGAUACAGGUAUGAGCUCUCUCUUUUUACAACUUCUAAAUCUUUUGUGUAUCAUGGCUUUACCUCCCCCUAUCUCUCUCCAGUUCUUUAACCCGCCUCUCUACUUAGGAUUGCCCCCCUCCUUAAGGUCCAAGGGACGUGGAACUUGAUUUUUCCCAAGCAACAAAUGUGCCCACUUAAAUUGAUCUUUCUAUAACAGUUGGAGGCCCAAGCAACAUCCUGAAUUUGCCCAGUGAGCAAUUACGUGUGCUUGAUCAAAUCUGGAUCUUCAAACAGCUCCAUGGCUUCUCCAUGGCUUGGUGGCUUAAAUCUGUGGUGGCUCAAGAUGAAGACAUGUGGGGUUGUAACCAAUGACGGUUCACUCAGAGUAGAUCCAUUCAAAUAGAUGACUCUAUAAGUUAAACAAGACAAUUAAUUCCAAUGCAUUUUUGGAUAGCUGAAUUUCAUGACAUGGAAUCCUCAGAAAGAUGCUGGCAUUCUAGCACUCUGCCCAGGACCAUAGUAGACCAGUGAUACUCUGGUUGUUCUGUGAGUCACUCUUUUAAACUUUAUACUAUGUUCCCAGGGAAGCAAAAUUAUGGGAAUGCUCAGAUUUGGAGUAAACCUACCCUUGAAUAGUCUGAUCUCUCUCUUCAGCAAUCUUUGCCAACUAAGCUCAAAUCAGCCAUGGUUCAGGGUGUGGACAUUUGAGCUUUGUUCAUGGUUAGUGUUGACUUCUGGCAUCCUCAGGAAUAUCGUGCUGUGUCACUGCAUCAGCCAAGAUACCUUGCAGGUGGUACUCACCGGAGUGGCAGAGAGCAGCAUGAUGUUUGGCCCAUAUUGGUUUUGGUACAAUGACUCCUAAGAGGCACAAUGUGGGUCUCUUUGGGAAACUCUCAGAUUUGGAAUCAACUUAUCCUUGGCUCUGCUGCUCCCUUCAGUUAUCUGUCUCAGCCUGUUCAAAGGACUGGAUCAGAGCUUUUAUGGAAUCCUGCUCUUCUCAAUACAGGAUCUGUGGUUUUAUUUUGUUUUUGGUUUUUGGUCACUGGGUAGACAACUUGGCUUCUUCCAGAAGUCUUGGAUUUCAGUUUCCCAGCUGACACACAAUGCUAAACUAUUGAGAAGAGGAAAGUAACUCUCAGCUGGAACUGGACACAACCCUAUCCUCCUUCAUUCAGCCAGAUGCUGAAUAACCAAAUUAUAGCACUGGAAGAGAAGUUUUUUGUUUUUGUGGGGUGGUGAUGGUGGUCAUCUAGCCCAAAGUUGAAGCAACCUCAUACUUUCCAUUUGAAGUAACUUUCAGUAGCUCCAGACUAUCUAUUCUUGUUAAACUUUCUCCUCAGAACAAACUAUAUCCCUUUAUAAUCCUGGUCCCUCUAUUCUCCUCGGUGACUCUCCAGUUUGUCAAUCUCAUUCUUAAUAUUUGGCUUUCAGAAGUGGACACAGCCCUAACAUUCUUCACUCAGCCAAAUGCUGAACCACUGAAUUAUAGCACUGAGUCUAAAGUUGUGGCAAGCUCAUACUUUCCAUCUGAGUUGGAAUGUUCCUAUAGGUUUGUAGGAUUUCAGGGUGAUGGUCUGUCAAACCUUUCUCUUACCAUGUAUCUCAGUGGUCUGAGUUAGCUCUGUAGCCCCAAGCCCCAAGAGAUUUCCACUCAAAUUUACUAUGGUGGUAAUUAUGCUAAAUCCAUUUAAAGGGCUACGGAGAAAUCACAACAGCACCGAAGUUUCAACUGGGCUGCUGGUCUGUUACCAUAACUAUUAGAUCCCCAUUCAGAAGUUCCUCAUUGUAUACUUAGGAGGGCUAUCUUCAGGACUCACAUGGUCAAUGUCGUUGCUUUCUGCGUUUCAGACUUUGAUAUAAUGUUUAUAUGAGACUUGCCUUUGUUUUCUUUUACCCACCAGUUACUCUACCUGAUAUAUGCAAACUCCCUGUAAGUAUAGGAAGCUGCAGAGGUAGUAUUCCACGUUUUUUCUUCAAUACUGAAACCAUGAAGUGUGAGAAGUUUAUUUUUGGUGGAUGUGAACCGAAUGCAAAUAACUUUUUGAAGUAUGCUUCUUGCUAUCAGGAAUGUGGACGCUUUGGUAAGAACAAAUAACUUGCUGUUUUAGGGCAGGAGCUGUGAACAUUUUGGGGCAAAUGGGCACAUUUCAAAAUUUGAGAAACUCUGAUGGGUGCAUGUCCCCUUUUCUUGAAAACAUGAAAGGCCUCCAAGUACAAUAUUAUUAUCUCUCUCUCCAAACCCCUCCAUACAAACCCAGAAAGGCAACAUCCUCUCCCCUUAAACAUAACUGAAGAGAAAUCAUUGUUUGAAAUGAUUUUUGGUAUAUUUUACAUAUUGCAAAUUUUAUUUGAGACCACUGAACAAGACUUAUGGUCAAAAAGCCUUUGGCUUACUUUGGUUUUCUUUAGGUAUGUUGGCACAAUGACAAACGGAAUGUCUGAGAAGAUAAAAAUCAAUUAAAAUAAUGUGUGUUGUUGUUGUCUAGUCAUUUAGUUGUGUCCGACUCUUUGUGACUUCAUUGACCAGAGCACAUUGUCCUCUGUUGUCCCCUUCUCCUUGCGCCCUCAAUCUUGCAUUGCUUUCUUGCAUUUCCUUUUCAUUGGGAUGGUUUUCACUGCUGCCUCCUGUAAUGUGUACCAUUACACAAUUCAAAUAACAGCCAAACUGAAUGUCUGUAUGCAGUUGCUUUUUGACUGACUAGUCUUCUCCAGUAGAAGAUAAACCAUACACAAUACAGCAACACCAACUUGCAUAUAGCUGCAAAUAAUAUAAUUGAUUUUAUGAUGUGCUGCAACAAAAGUAUCUUUCCAGUUUUUCAAACUGAGAAAUAUAAAGCAGUGAGCUGUCAGUCUUCGGGGAAUCCGAUCCCUCCCCUAGUGGCAGUAAAUAAGUAGGUAAAAAGAAAGGAGCUUCUGACCAGUUAGUUUUUUUAGUAAUCACAGCAAGAGACAAAGUUAUCCCUAUUUCUCUAGAAAUGGCGUUGCUCCCAGUAAAGGUUCACCCCCUACGUCUAUAUUAAUCUACGCCACUCCUACUUCAGGUAAUCUGAGGUUGUUGUUGCUGAGCUCUCUGUUCUAUCACGUUCCAAGCCCGUCUAGUCUUAGGUAAAGGGGGGGGGGUCAGGAAUGCUUUCCAAGGACACUGAAUCUGUCAACUGUCUCUCUCUCGGUGUUUCCUCUUCCAGCUGUUCCUCACCCAGUAUUUCCCAGCUUUCCCCCUCUGAUCUAUGCCCUUCUGCAAACAACUGUUCUAAAGCUAUACUACCCUCCCGCCCUUCAGGAGAAGGGGGUGGCGGCCCCCACCAUUCCUCCUCAGUCCAGCCCCUGACAUGAGCCUACUCUUAGGCAGCCAUGGCCAGACUCCAGAAGGGAUUCUUCCUUCCAUUAGAAAAUAUCUGACAGGGCUGGUGCAAAAUCCAGUCACCCCUUGUCUCCAUGGCUCUUUAUAGCAACUCCAGGGCAUGGGCAGAUAGCAGCAGAGUAGCAGUUGCAUGAACUGCAAUGCCCGUGCAGAGUUCCAAAGCGAAAGAACUGUGGCCACCUUUAGAGGUAUAAGAAAUUUCCAGAUCCCGUAUUUCACUAUGUAAUCAAGAAGGAAAAGUUCCCUUUCCUUUUCUCCAUCAUGUUGGAUUGGCUUAUGCAUUGGCCUCUGAUAACAUGUUUCAUGGCAUCCCAUAGGGAUGAGAUUUUAAUGUUCAGGACAGUGGUAAUUUGAACAUAUCCCUAAUUUCAAUUAGGCUUUGGUUUGUUAGUGUGAUCACUGGAUCCCACUGCAGAAGGUCCUUCAUUGCCUACUUAGAUAAUUUCAGGAGCUGGAGUCACACUUCCAUUGUUUUUGCACUUCUGACUUUGAAAUUAUGUACACACGAGACUUGUCUUUUUUCUUUGAUCCACUAGCUGGAAUACCCCGUAUAUGCAAAAUCGCCAAAAGCCAUGGAAGUUGCAGAGGAAAUUAUCCACGCUAUUUCUUCAACGUCAAAACCCUAGAGUGUGAGAAAUUCAUUUACAGUGGCUGUGGAGGCACUGAAAAUAAUUUUGUAUCUCUUACAGAUUGCACUCACGUGUGUGAAUCUUACGGUAAGAGGAAACUUUUUUUUUAAACCACACUUUAGGGUGUGAUGGAGUAUGGAGCCCUUUGUGCUGAUUCCCAUUGGAUCCCAAGUUACCUAUUUAUUUGUUUGUUUGUUUGUUUGUUUGAUACAUGGCUCUCCCCUCCCCAUUUUAUCCUCACAACAACCCUGUGAGGUAGGCUAGGCUUGAGAGACAGUGACUGCCCAAGGCCAUACCCAGUGAGCUUCAUGGCCAAGUGGGGAUUCAAACCCUGGUUUCCCAGGUCACAUACAAAACACUAACCAUAACACCUCACUGGCUGCCAUAGUCCUCUUGACCAAUGUGUUGCCUCACCUGCUGUAUUAAGCUAUAUUUCAGUUUUAUACUAGAGUAGGUGGAAGUAGGGAUGCAGGUGGCGCUGUGGGUUAAACCACAGAGCCUGGGACCUGCCGAUCAGAAGGUUGGUGGUUCGAAUCCCCGCGAUGGGGUGAGCUCCCAUUGCUCGGUCCCUGCUCCUGCCAACCUAGCUGCUCGAAAGCACCUCAAAGUGCAAGUAGAUAAAUAGGUAGUGCUCCAGCGGAAAGGUAAACACUGUUUCCGUGCGCUGCUCUGGUUCGCCAGAAGCAGCUUAGUCAUGCUGGCCACAUGACCCAGAAGCUGUAUGCCGGCUUCCUCUGCCAAUAAAGCAAGAUGAGCACCGUAACCUCAGAGUCGGUCAUGACUGGACCUAAUGGUCAGGGGUCCCUUUGCCUUUACCUAGGUGGAAGUGGAAAACUGCUGAAAGAACCAGCGCAGGAACAGGGCAGGAGGUAUGGAAUGUCUGCCUUGGAAUAUAGGCUUCAGGGUUAUGGUUUCACAAGCAUUUCUCUCCCCAAGCAUUUUUUCAUGCAGCAAACCUUAAUGCAGUUUCACUAAAUUUACUGUGGUGCUAAAAUAUGUUCAAUUCAUUUUAAGAACUCUGGAAUAAACCACAACAGCCACAUCCAUACAGCCACCAGCCACAUCCAUUUAAAGCACAAGCCUACCCUCACACAAUUCUGGAAGCUGCAGUUUACCCCUCACAGAUACCCAAUUCUUAGCACCCCUAACAAAUUGCAGUUCCAAUGAUUCUUUGGGGCAACCUAUGUGGUUCAAAUGUGCAUGAAAUGUUUCCUAAGUUUAUGGUGUGCCUGUGACCCUAGUCUCAGUUGGACUUUAGGUCUGUCAGUAUGACUACUGGAUUCUUGUCUAUAGGUUUCUUCAUUGCAUAAUUAAAAUUUUCAGGUGUCAGAAUCAUAGCCUCAGCUGUCAUCAUAUUCUCUGUUUCAGACUUUCAGAUUAUAUAUAACAAACCCUGCCUUUCUUCUCCUUUUACCCACCAGUUAUUUUCCCUUCAAGAUGCAGACUCACUAAAGUUGUUGGAAAGUGCAAGGAAUCCAAUGUACGGUAUUUCUUCAAUAUGUCCACCAAGAAAUGUGAACGGUUUAUCCACCGUGGCUGUGGUGGCAAUGCCAAUAGAUUUGAGACUCAACAGGAAUGCGAAUUUGUGUGUCAAUAUUUUGGUAAGAGCAAAUACUUUCUUACUUUAGGACAGGGGUCUCCUCCAGGAAACACGAAACCCACCUAGGAAACAUUCCUGCCCUCCCCAAAAAGCAAACCUACCCCCACAAAUCCAGUCAGGCAACAAACAAGUGAACCAACCAACCAACCAACUAACCAACCCAGGCUAUAUCUUUCUCUGCAAAAACAAAGCAGCCCAAGUACGCAAGGCAACCUAACACAUUUGCUUCCACAAAAUCCCUACAAUCUCAUUAAGUCGCAAAAUUAAAACACCCACAGCAGCUCGGCUGGACCUGGUGGAAACCAUGUGGUUUGCCCAGGUCCCCCCCCCCCCAAUUCUCUAAAUUUCUGCAGCAAUCUGCAAUUAAAAAAAAAAUCAUGAAAAUUAAUCAGCAUUUUAGUGCAAGUUUCUCCUAAAACCCCAUUUUCACGUACACAUUUUUUGCAAGCAGUUUCUCCAAAUACAGUGCAUUUUAGUAUGUUGUAUUCGUUUUUAUACAUUAUCUCCCUAUAAUGUAAGCAAUUUUGUAAACAUCGUUGAGUUGGAGAACUACGUUGCAAAAUUCAGAUAACCGCAAAUUUUGUACCAUGGUUGCAUUUGGGUUUUCAUAUUAUUUCAGAAAAUGGACAUUUGAUAGAUUUGGCUUCAAGUGUAACUGAAUUGAAUCAUCUCCCCCACCCCCUUCCUUUCAUAUUCUAUGAAUGGCUCACAUGGGGUUAAGUCCAAUGCUAGUCUUACUCAGAGUUAAUAGAGAUCAUACCAUAGCUGUCAACGUUUCCCUUUUUUUAAGGGAAAUUCCCUUAUUCCAAAUAGGAUUCCUCACAAGAAAAGGGAAUCCUGUCGCUGUCGCUAUGGAUCAUACCCCCCCCAACUGCUUGCAGGUGUGUGUGUGUUUGUGUGUGAGUGGCUGUGUUGGGUCUAGGUGUGCUUGCAGGUUUAUAGCUGGUGGCAGUCAUGGUGGUGUGGCAGGCCAAGGCAGCCUGGGGCUUUGGGUUGGGAACCCCAGCUUUGGGUUGGGAAAUGUUGGAUGGCAUGUAGAGAUUAACAGAUGUGGCCAAGGUCCAGUAUUUUAAAUAAAUCUACUCUGAGUAAAAGUUAGUUGGAGAGAACCUAUUAUGUCCAAGUGCAUUGGGGUGGGGGAGAAAGCAGGAUGGGUGAAAGAUUAAAACAGAUUCCUAAAAAAUUCCAUGCCUGUUGCCUUUGUCCAUGCAUGGAAUUUUUUUAUGCUUAUGCUUAAAAUUCCACAAGGCAGGCUUAAGCAGUAUGUGAACCGAGAACUCCCAGAAGUGCAAGCUGGAUUUCGAAGGGGCAGAGGAACCAGAGACCAAAUUGCAAACAUGCACUGGAUUAUGGAGAAAGCUAGAGAGUUCCAGAAAGACAUCUACUUCUGCUUCAUUGACUAUGCAAAAGCCUUUGACUGUGUCGACCACAGCAAACUAUGGCAAGUUCUUAAAGAAAUGGGAGUGCCUGAUCACCUCAUCUGUCUCCUGAGAAAUCUCUAUGUGGGACAAGAAGCUACAGUUAGAACUGGAUAUGGAACAACUGAUUGGUUCAAAAUUGGGAAAGGAGUACGGCAAGGCUGUAUAUUGUCUCCCGGCUUAUUUAACUUAUAUGCAGAAUUCAUCAUACGAAAGGCUGGACUGGAUGAAUCCCAAGAUGGAAUUAAGACCGCCGGAAGAAAUAUCAGCAACCUCAGAUAUGCAGAUGACACAACCUUGAUGGCGGAAAGUGAGGAGGAAUUAAAGAACCUUUUAAUGAGGGUGAAAGAGGAGAGCGCAAAAUAUGGUCUGAAGCUCAACAUCAAAAAAACGAAGAUCAUGGCCACUGGUCCCAUCACUUCCUGGCAAAUAGAAGGGGCUUUCUUGGGCUCCAUGAUCACUGCAGAUGGUGACAGCAGUCACGAAAUUAAAAGAUGCCUGCUCCUUGGGAGAAAGGCGAUGGCAAACCUAGACAGCAUAUUAAAAAGCAGAGACGUCACCUUGCCAACAAAGGUCCGUAUAGUUAAAGCCAUGGUUUUCCCAGUAGUAAUGUAUGGAAGUGAGAGCUGGACCAUAAAGAAGGCUGAUCGCCGAAGAAUUGAUGCUUUUGAAUUAUGGUGCUGGAGGAGACUCUUGAGAGUCCCAUGGACUGCAAGAAAAUCAAACGCAUCCAUUCUUAAGGAAAUUAGCCCUGGGUGCUCACUGGAAGGACAGAUCAUGAAGCUGAGGUUCCAAUACUUUGGCCACCUCAUGAGAAGAGAAGACUCCCUGGAAAAGACCCUGAUGUUGGGAAAGAUGGAGGACACAAGGAGAAGGGGACGACAGAGGAUGAGAUGGUUGGACAGUGUUCUUGAAGCGACAAACAUGAGUCUGACCAAGCUGUGGGAGGCAGUGGAAGACAGGGGUGCCUGGCGUGCUCUGGUCCAUGGGGUCACGAAGAGUCGGACACGACUAAAUGACUAAACAACAACAACAACAACAACAACAAAUUCCAAAACAAUUAGGAGAGGCAGGGUUUCCAAGGGAGGUGCCCUGGGUGCCUGUGUAAAUUAGUACAUUAGUGAUGCCAGGAAUAGAGUGGUGCCAUUACUUCUCUUGAUCUGGACAUUAUACUUCUGUUGAUGCAGCCUUGGGUGUGCUAUUGGAUGAAACAGAUUGUCUUGAUUCUCCUCCCUACCCCUCAGGGCAGGGUUGUACUUCAGAAGCCGCUAUGGAAGGAGGGACCACCACUGGGAUCUCAAUAGAAGCAGCUCAUUAGGCUGUUUCUCUCUCUCUCACACACACACCCCGCGCUCCCCCUUUAAUUGUAAAAUGUAAAAUUGUAAAAUGACUAACCUAUAGGAACCCAAGGGGAGGAGUUAGAGUUGUUAAGAAGUCAGUCUGGAGUUAGAGAAGAGAGAGGGAGGGAGGAUAAGUCUGUGGGUUGGGCUAGUCUGAUGUGAGAGAGGGAGAGAAUCUGUUAAGAGGAGUCAGUCAAACAGUUGAGAUAAUCAGUCAGAAGAUAUUAGGAAAGUAUAGGCCGGUAAAGAAACUAAGGUUAAGAAACUGACAAGAAAAUGAUCUGAGAAACCAUAAACUUGUUAAUGCUUAUAAAAUAAACUUGUUUAUUUGGUUUAAUGUUAACAACUGUCUGGACUCAGUGUGUACCCAAGAGAAACGGGUUGGUGGCAGUGGGGAAGCGAGCACAGUGGUGGCACAGGGAUCAAUAGGCCGUCAAACAUAUGGGGACCCUGUGUGAUCACCACAAAAGUGACCCACCCACUCACCCGCGCUCCCCCUUUGGGCAAGAUGGCCGUUUAGAAGCACCUGUGGCAAAAGUGCAAGGAGUUCAAGUUACAUUUGAUGGUGACUUGUCCGCCGCUCUUUGUGCACUGUGCUUUCUUUACCUUUGUUCUUAUUGCUGCCCCCUUGAUGCGAGCUGCCCUGGGCUCCCUGACAGAGGAAGGGUGGAAUAUAAGGAAUGUGUUGUUAGAUCCCUAAGAAAGGAAUAUCUCUUUCUUCCACAGUGAUCAUCUAAUCUGCUGCAAGAGUCAGUAAUAUUUCGAGAACUUCAAAGAUGCUACCAGUUCAUUCCGGGAAGAAGAAAACCCCCCAGACAGCUUAAUUCCAGAUAUCCUGCCAUUUCCAGAUGUCCUAUUCACCAUAGCUGGAGGCUCCUCAGUGU